AUGGACCAUCGUGAGGGACCCGCUGCUGCUAUAGCUGGGUGCAGCAGCAGCGACAUCAGCGGCGUCGGCGAGGCGCCUGGGCAGUGUAGCCAGCAGCCGUGGCUGCAAUAUGCAGCAGGGAGGGAUGGCGCUGAACCCGAGCAGCAGUUGUUCUACCAUGUGAACAUGAAUGAAUUAACGAACGCGCUGCUGGUGCCGGCGGGCAUAUUGUCUUCGAGGCUACAGCCGAGGACGCCCCUCAUAGCCAUGGAGGGGCAGGCAACACAAGCAACCCCGUGUUUAGGCCGCGAGGAAAAUGGCGACCACAGCAGCAGCAACAAUGGCAGUGGGAAGUUUUUGGAGGCGGUGCCCGCCACUCUCCCGCCGCGACUCAGUCGACACCGCAACACACUUAAGGCGGCUUUGCUGCAGUCACCAGAGAACACGUAUUACGUUGAGGAUACUCUUGUGAUUGGUUCUGUGGGCAGGCGAGGUGGUUUAGUUGAGCGCAGCAACUCUGCCACCAAGGAACAGCAGCCACAAGGCAGCCCAACUUUCCCUGAGCGUGUGCCAGUUUCUACUUCUCCAAUUUCCGUUCGAAGUCUGCCGGUUUCUUUGGUGCACUCCCCCUUGGCAUUGCCGUGGGGGCAGUUCAGCGAUGUGUCGGGCGUCUCCUCCUCGCGUGGGGCCUCGUUUCAUGUGCAGCGACCGUCCCAAAUUGAGUGUGGCGUUGAUAGCUCAUCGGAGGACAGUAUAUGGCUUGAACAGGCGCCUCUCACGGGAGACAUGAGUGCUGAAAAGAAAUCAACCGUGAAGAAGAAGCGAGUUCACUUUCCUGAUAAUGUGAUUAAGUCUGUGUCUGUUGUUCAGGCGGAUGAUCAACUACGGCUGCUUGUAGAGUAUAAUCGCCCAUGGUACGCCCACCUCGUACUGGUGGUGGCGAGCGCCUUCUUUGUCCUGCAUUGGGGUUUCAUUGCACUGGUGACAAAGCCGUCGCCAGCUUCAGAGCGUAUGGAUGCCUGCGUACUCGUCUCAUUUGUAGCGUUUGGAUUUGCCUCGGCCUACCUGUUGGCCUUUUUGGCGCUAACAUGGCGGCCUAGCAGCGAGGAGUUGGGUUUUUUGAUGGACUGUUCAAGGAAUCGCUCAGUGCUGUGUGUGCUGCUCGCCGGUGUCUUCUCGCAACUCUCUCUUGUUGCCGCAUUUAUGUUGUCCGGCAACUUUGGAAGCCUUGUUUGUUUCUGCUGCAUCCCGCUCUUCCUGACAUACUUGUACGAGGAGUAUAAGCAGCACGCCGUAUCUGUGCUCGACGGCAUCGGAUGCUUCCUUGUCGUUGUGUCCAUUGUUGUCUUCUGCAUUGGGUUCGAGCUCAAGAACCCCGCAGGGUUAUACGGGCGUAUCAUAUCGGUUUGCAUUGCACUCAUGGGAGGUGCGGCCAUGGCACUUUUUCUGUUUCAGGUGCGCACGGUGAGCCGCUUUGUGAGCAAUUUUUUUAUCAUGUCAUCCACCGUCACGCUCGCGACGCUGCUCCUCGCCUUUGCCGCGUACAUCACAGGUGCCUUUGCCGCCCAUAUUGGCACUUCCCACCGGACGCUAACGCAGAUCUCCUCCGAAGACUUUCUCAAUAUUAUCCUUAGCGCCCUCUUUCUUUUUCUCUCAUGGUUUACUUACCACUGGAGUUCUCUUUUUUUUGACCGCAUGACCCUCUCCGGCAGUUUCUCCCUUGGUGGUCCCAUGUCAUUGCUGGUGUUUCACCUUCUCUCGCUGCCGACGGUGUGCCUGCCAUACGAGAUCGCCGGCGGCGUCGCUAUGGUGAUUGGGUGCGCGCUGGUGCUGUACUCCGGGUACCGCUUCCGGCAGAACGUGGAGGUGCGGAUCGAGCUCGAGCGCGAGUAG